GACUGUUUCCACCGAGUUCCGUUUCCGUCUGUUCGCGUCACCCGUUUCCUGCCUUCUUCCACGAUCUCCGAGGCUGGGCCGGUACCAGACGGGCUGCAGACAUGGCGCUGUAUAACUUUAAGAAGAUCAUGGUGGUGCCGUCCGCCAAGGACUUCAUAGACAUCACUUUGUCAAAGACCCAGAGGAAGACCCCAACAGUUAUUCACAAACAUUAUCAGAUCAACAGGAUUCGACAUUUUUAUAUGAGGAAAGUCAAAUUCACUCAGCAAAAUUACCACGAUCGACUUUCUCAGAUUCUCACAGACUUCCCGAAAUUGGAUGACGUGCAUCCAUUUUAUGCAGAUUUAAUGAAUGUCCUUUAUGAUAAGGACCAUUACAAACUGGCAUUGGGACAAAUAAACAUUGCCAAGAACCUAGUUGACAAUGUGUCCAAGGAUUAUGUGAGGCUGAUGAAAUACGGAGAUUCUUUGUACCGUUGUAAACAGUUAAAGCGGGCGGCUUUGGGGCGUAUGUGUACGAUAAUUAAAAGGCAGAAGCAGAGCCUGGAAUAUUUGGAGCAAGUACGCCAACAUCUGUCUCGUUUGCCAACGAUCGACCCCAACACGCGCACUCUGCUCCUCUGCGGCUAUCCAAAUGUUGGGAAAUCCAGCUUUAUAAAUAAGGUGACCAGGGCAGAUGUUGAGGUGCAGCCCUAUGCAUUCACUACAAAGUCAUUAUUCGUAGGACACAUGGAUUACAAAUACCUCCGCUGGCAGGUUGUGGACACUCCUGGUAUCCUUGACCACCCCCUGGAGGAGAGGAACACCAUUGAGAUGCAGGCUAUUACCGCUCUCGCUCACCUCCGUGCUGCUGUCCUGUUUGUCAUGGAUAUAUCAGAGCAGUGCGGACACACCAUAGAGCAGCAGCUGGAACUCUUCGACAACAUCCGUCCUCUGUUUGCCAAUAAACCUCUAAUUAUUGUUCUGAAUAAGUGUGACGUGAAGAGGGUCUCUGAACUGACUGAGGAGCAGCAGAAAAUUUUCAAGGAAUUGGAGAAUGAAGGCCUGCCGGUGUUAGAAACCAGCACCCUCACAGAUGAAGGCGUCAUUCAAGUGAAAACAGAGGCCUGUGACCGGCUUCUAGCUCACAGAGUGGAAACCAAGAUGAAGGGAAACAAAGUGAAUGAUGUGCUGAACAGGCUCCACUUAGCGGUCCCAAGUAAAAGAGAUGAGAAGGAGAGGCCACCUUUCAUCCCAGAAGGAGCAUUGGCAAGGAAAAAACGGAUGGAUACAGAUGCUCCAAAGAAGAGACUGGAGAAAGACAUUGAAGAAGAGAUGGGCGAUGAUUACAUCCUGGAUCUGCAGAAAUACUGGGAUAUAAUGAAUUCUUCAGAGAAAUAUGACAGGAUACCAGAAGUCUGGCAGGGUCAUAAUAUUGCUGAUUACAUAGAUCCGGAUAUAAUGAAGAAACUGGAAGAACUGGAGAAAGAGGAGGAGCUGAAGGAAGCAGCUGGGGAAUAUGACAGUGAUAUCGAAAGCGAAGAUGAGGAAAUGGCAGACAUUCGUCAGCUCGCUCAGCAGAUUCGCGAGAAGAAAAAACUAAAAGUUCUCCAGUCAAAAGAGAAAGAUGUUCAUAAGCCACGACUACCAAGAACUGCUAAAAAGGUCCAACGCAAGACAUUAGAGAAGGAGAUGAGUUCACUUGGGCUUGAUAUGACUGAGAAGGAUGAGACCCACUAUGCAACACAAGCGAGAUCCAGGAGCGUACAGAGGAAGCGUAAACGUGACGAGUCUGAGCCACCAACAUCUGUCACUCGCAGCCGAAGCAACUCAAAACCACCACGAGACCAGUCUGGAGUUCGUGAUGCAAAGAUGGCAAGGAAAGCAAAGAAGAUCAUGAAGAAUUCUCAGAGGAACAUGAACAGAUUGGGCAAGAAAGGAGAGGCUGAUAGACACGUGUUUGAUCUGAAGCCCAAACAUUUAUUUGCUGGCAAGCGGAAAUCUGGCACCACAGACCGAAGAUAAAGGUCUUUAGAGCAGGAAUGGGUUCUCCUACAUCCUGUUCCGCUGAGAGGACUUUUUAAAACCUACUAUAGGGGGUGUUGAGCUCUCGGUCUACAUACAGCUGUCUUUCUUCAUGCAGAUGCUGAAUAGAAUGGAACUAUCUUAGUGGAAAGAAAUGGCCUUCAAUAAAUUGCAUUACAUUUUUAUUGUAUUAUAUAUUGGACUGAGAGUAAGGUGGAACAUCUGGCAAUGGAUAUGAUAUUGUGCAGGGCUUUGCAGAGUCACAUGCAUUGUAAAGUUUGAAGCCAUCUUGCAGUGUAUGAUAAAUAAAUAUGUAACAUCUGA